GGCGGAAGGGGUGGGGCAGAGCCGCACUUCCGUGGCUUCGGGAGGGGAAUCACAAAUCACAUUGAGCCGAAAAACAUCCAGUGUUUUCUGCAGUUACAAACAAAAUGAAUAUUCCCAUGCUACUACAACACCCUCACCGGCAUUUCCUAAAAGGCCUUUUAAGAACACCUUUUCGACGUUACCACUUCAUCUUUCACUCAAGUAGUCAUCGCGGAUCAGGAGUCCCUUGUGCUCAGCCAUUUAAUUCUCCUGGACUCCAUUGUACAAAAUGGAUGCUGCUGUCAAAUGGUUUAAAGAGAAAAUUAUGUGUACAAACAACUUUAAAGGAACACACGGAAGAACUUUCUGAUAAAGAACAAAGAUUUGUGGAUAAACUUUAUACCGGUUUAAUCCAAGGGCACAGGGCCUGCUUAGCAGAGGCCAUAACUCUUAUAGAAUCAACCCACAAGAGGAAAAAAGAGUUAGCCCAGGUGCUUCUUCAGAAAGUAUUAGUCUACCACAAAGAACAAGAACAAAUAAAUAAAGGAAAACCACUAGCAUUUCGAGUGGGAUUGUCUGGGCCCCCUGGUGCUGGAAAAUCAACCUUCAUAGAAUAUUUUGGAAAAAUGCUUACUGAGAGAGGGCACAAAUUAUCCGUGCUAGCUGUGGACCCUUCUUCUUGUACCAGUGGUGGAUCACUCUUAGGUGAUAAAACCCGAAUGACUGAGUUAUCAAGAGAUAUGAAUGCAUACAUCAGGCCAUCUCCUACUAGAGGGACUUUAGGAGGUGUGACAAGGACCACAAAUGAAGCCAUUCUGUUGUGCGAAGGAGGGGGAUAUGACAUCAUUCUUAUUGAAACCGUAGGUGUGGGUCAGUCGGAGUUUGCUGUUGCUGAUAUGGUUGACAUGUUUGUUUUACUACUGCCACCAGCGGGAGGAGAUGAAUUGCAGGGUAUCAAAAGAGGCAUCAUUGAGAUGGCAGAUCUGGUAGCUGUAACUAAAUCUGAUGGAGACUUGAUCGUGCCAGCUCGAAGGAUGCAAGCAGAGUACGUGAGCGCACUGAAAUUACUCCACAGGCGUUCAGAGGUCUGGAGACCAAAGGUAAUUCGUAUUUCUGCCAGAAGUGGAGAGGGGAUCACUGAAAUGUGGGAUAAAAUGAAAGAAUUCCAGGACCUCAUGCUCGCCAGUGGGGAGCUGACUGCCAAACGACAGAAGCAGCAGAAAGUUUGGAUGUGGAAUCUCAUUCAGGAAAGUGUGUUAGACCAUUUCAGGACCCAUCCCGCAGUCCGGGAGCAGAUUCCUCUUCUGGAAAAAAAGGUUCUCAGUGGAGCCCUGUCCCCAGGACUAGCCGCAGAUGUGUUGUUGAAAACUUUUAAAAGCAGAGACUUGUGAGAUGUAUCCUAUAUAAUGAUUUUAUAUGACAUUUCAUAAAGCAUUUUAAUAUUAAAGGUCACUUAUAUGCCUGUAUUUUCAGCAAUUCUUUUGUGGUGCCCUUGGCCCCAUUUGUGAACUAUGCUUGAAAAGUCAAAGAAUGUUAGAUAUGGCUGGCAAAGGUCAGGUAGUCGGCAGUAUUUGUAAGGUACCUGUUGUAUGUUACUGAUUUCCAUUUCUUUCUAUUCUCGUACGCUGCCAUGGCAGCUGGUAGGAUAGUUUCUUCUCAUCAGUCAUAAGCAGAGAAAGCUGAGGAGAACAAAAGAAGGUCAUGUACCUUCUUUGAUUUCUUUGAUUCCAUAUUCGCUGAGUUUCCAGAGAAAAUGUAAGCAAGAGUGACCACAUUUCUGAAUUCUUACUUCAGGCUAGAAUCAUACAUGGUGGAUUUCCAAGAGCUGAAAAUAAUGACUGGUGCCGGAGUGUACUGGAGUAUUCUAGCAAUUUCUGAAAUGGCUGUGUACACCAGUAACAAAACAGUUGGACUGUGUAGUGAUGUGAACAGUUUUUUUUUUUAAUUAUUUUUUAUUAAUGUUUAUUUCUGAGAGAGAGAGAGAGAGAGACAGAGUGUGAGUCGGGGAGGGGCAGAGAGAGAGAGAGAGAGGGAGACACAGAAUGUGAAGCAGGCUCCAGGCUCUGAGCUGUCAGCACAGAGCCCGACAUGAGGCUCGAACUCACAAACUGCGAGAUCAUGACCUGAGCCGAAGUCAGACACUCAACCAACUGAGCCACCCAGGUCCCCAGUGAGCACAGUUGUAAAGUUUAUUUGUCUAGACCUGUGGAUCCCCCAUGAUAGGCAGGAGAGCCCAAAGGGAACUGGGGGAAAUCAGCUGCAAAUAAUGUGGCCCAUUAAUCCCCAAGAGUUGGAGUAAACCCUCAAAAGACCCAAGUGAGGUCACAGUGAGUCAAGGGUUAUUCAGUUUGAAUAUUACCAAAAGCUUUUGCUUCUCUUCUUCCUUGGUCAUUUGAUUUCAUAUUAGCGUCUUAAAAAAAUCUAUCUUAUUCCUGAUGGGGAGGAGCAAGUUUUCCAACAGAGGAAGUGUGGCACAGUGAUUUAGAGAUUGGGUUCUGGAGUCAGACUGUGUGGGUUUAAACUUUCAACCUAGAUCAGUCACUUGUUAAUUGUUUAAGUUUGGACAAAUAGCCUACCUCUCUUUAAGCUUCAGUUUCUUUCCUGCUAAAAGGGAAUUGACACAUUAAUGUUGUAGGGUCCGUGAGGGUAAAGGAGAUAACUCCGGAGAAUCAUUUUCCUACCAUGAUGGUACCUAGGAAAUACCCAGAGGCUGCUUUCUAUCAUUAUUAUGUUAGUUACAAAUACCUGAAACUGUACAAAUCUUAUAUAUAAAUUGAAUUUUCUCUCACGGUCUUACUACUACCAUCAUGUUCUUGUGAUAUUUUAUGAUUGUCUCUAAAGUACCUGCUGUAGUUAAUUCUUUGAAUAUAUUUUAUACUGUUUGAUGGUAGUUGUAAGUAUAUACAUCUGAAUAAAAUUGUUUCUAACCAAAAAAUUUCUCCACUGCACAAAAUAUCUUCCCAGAAAUUUAAACCUUAAACUAUUCUGAAUCCUUUAGAAUAUUUUAAACAGUAUGUCAGCUUUCUGGAAUUAAAUUGCCUAAGUAUUAUUUUAGCAACCAUGUGUAGCUUUUUUUUAAUGAUUAUUUUUUUUUAUUUUUUUAUGAUUUGUGUCACUGGCAUACCUACAUCUCAUAUGAGGUUUAGGAGAAACGGAAAGAUUAUCCAGUCAGUUCACCUUAUUUCAGAAAGGACAACCAUUAAACCAGAUGAAAACUGUUUUUAGAAUCUUCCAGAGAAAGAAGUUCAUAAUUUCCCUUAGUAAACUAUUACAGGGUCUGACAAACAUGUCAUUUGUGGUUCAGUGUGAGUAGCAGUGGCAGCAGAUGCGGGCUGCAUUAUGAAGAAGGUGGCCAAAGAGUGGCUUUUAUUAGCCCUAAACGGAGCUACGCAUUUCUUCUCAGUUUGAAUUCCUUUUAAAUGUUAUAAAUAUAGUCAUAGAAUGCGUUAGAACCCCUCCCCCCCUUGUCCUCUUUCACUUGUUAUUGUACCAUGGGCUAUAAUGUGGAGACCAAUUUCUAAGAUACUGUUUACAUUUAUUUGCUAUUUGUUAUACUGGAAGCUGUAUAACAUAGUAAAAUGUUUGUAGCC